AGAGAGACAUACAAGCUUAUGAAGGAAUAAGAUGACGACGGAGAAAAGACAAUCCGCGACACACGAAAAUCAUUCCAACAAUGUGCUUGAAGUCAAGGAAGACCAGGAGAAGAUAAAUCUGGAAUAAUGACUCUGGGUUUUACACUUGAAAGCAAACUGGAGCAGAGGAUUUUUACCCAACCCUAAAAGAGAGCAAAGAGGAUAGGAGAACGACAAAACGGUGCCCCGAUAAGGAAUUAAUCACAUCAGUUUGUUUGCGAUUAAGCCGUGCGCUCAUCCUGUGCUGGUGAGAGGGUGCGUACAUAUGCAUGCGAUAGACUGCAUUGCUGCUAGCUGACAGAGACUGAACCUUGCAGAAUCCAUUUUUUCUUAUUUUUCCUACACUCUGACUCCCAGCGUGGCAUCAGCAUGUCGGGUGAAUGUGUUACAACAGUGAGCGAGCUCGUGACAGAGCGGAUACAUUUGUAAAUGCUACCUGACUGCUUCAUCUGGCGGCCGUCACAGGUUUCUAGGUGGAGCCUGGUGGUCUCAACGUCAGGGAGGGGAAGCAAAGCCGUUCAAAGCCCCAGAGAGGGUGAGCGGGUGUCAGGGUAGGUGUGUGCUGGCACUGGGGGCCUGCGUGGAGGCAGGAACAAGGAGGGGGCCGGAGUACCAGAAGUGAGAGAAUUGUUGCUGCGUUAGUAACGGUAGGACAAGGCGCAUGGCUGGCGUGGGCCCACUUUCAUCGCUGAAAAGCAGCCGCAGGAAAGCAACCCAUGAAUAACAAGCUCCACUCCUGAAAGAGGAUGGUCUGAGUGGGCUCACACUGCUCCUGCCUGGUUUGACAGGAGGGGACUACUGCCCUGGAGGGCUCCUCUUUCUUUCUUUUAACUUUAUAAAUUGUUCAUCUGCCGCCAUUAGCAGGAGUUUUCAGGAGUGUCUUCCUGCCUGAGCUUUAUACCAACACCCUGGCCCUAUUUCUAAGUCUGAGUUUGUUUGGUUCUUACUUUCUUUUCUUUUCUUUUUGAGGUUUGGAGUAUUUGCCAAAACCUAUUUCAUGCAUGUCCACUGGGGGCAGGUUCAACUUUGAUGAUGGGGGAUCAUACUGUGGAGGGUGGGAAGAGGGAAAGGCCCACGGCCAUGGCAUCUGCACGGGACCCAAGGGCCAAGGCGAGUAUGCGGGCUCAUGGAGCCACGGCUUUGAGGUGGUGGGCGUUUAUACCUGGCCCAGCGGGAACACCUAUCAGGGGACAUGGGCGCAAGGCAAGCGCCACGGCAUUGGAGUUGAAAACAAGGGCAAGUGGGUUUAUAAAGGUGAGUGGACACAUGGAUUUAAGGGACGUUACGGUGUGCGGGAAAGCACGGGAACCAGCGGCAAGUACGAGGGUACGUGGAACAACGGACUACAGGAUGGAUAUGGAACAGAGACAUACUCGGAUGGAGGUACAUACCAGGGCCAAUGGGUGGGAGGCAUGCGGCACGGAUACGGCGUACGGCAGAGCGUUCCGUACGGCAUGGCGGCCGUCAUUCGUUCACCUCUCCGUACCUCCAUAAACUCUCUACGCUCCGAGCACAGUAACGGCACAGCGCUGCUGACCGGAGAUCGACCGCCCGUGGCUGGCGUGGGGGGUGGAGGCGUCCUAGCGGCGGGCAGCCCUGCAGUGUCCCGCGGGGGCUUCGUUCUGACGGCCCAUAGUGAAGCAGAGCUUUUGAAAAACAAAAAGAAGGGCCUGUUCCGUCGCUCACUCUUGAGUGGCCUCAAACUGCGAAAAUCGGAGUCCAAGAGCUCGUUGGCCAGCCAGAGAAGCAAGCAGAGUUCCUUUCGGAGCGAAGCUGGCAUGAGUACGGUCAGCUCCGCCGCAUCCGACAUCAACUCGACCAUCAGCCUCGGGGAGGGGGAGAGCGAGCUGCCAGUGGGUGACGAUGACGUGGAUGCCACUACCACGGAGAGUUACACAGGCGAAUGGAAGAACGACAAGAGGACGGGCUGCGGGGUGAGCAGGCGAUCUGAUGGACUGCAAUAUCAGGGAGAGUGGUUGGGCAACAAGAGGCAUGGGUACGGAUGCACCACUUUUCCUGAUGGCACUAAAGAAGAGGGAAAAUACAAACAGAACGUGCUAGUUAGCGGCAAACGCAAGAACCUCAUUCCUCUACGUGCCAGCAAGAUUCGCGAGAAAGUGGACAGAGCAGUAGAAGCAGCAGACAAGGCCGCUGACAUUGCAAAGCAAAAGGCGGAAAUUGCACUUUCAAGAACGGCGCACGCCAGAGGAAAAGCUGAAGCUGCGAUGACGGCAGCACAGAAAGCCCAGGAAGAGUGCAGACUGGCCCGAAUCACCGCCAAAGAGUUUUCUCCAUCAUUCCAGCACAGAGGAAACAGAGUGGAGUGCCAGCGACCCAAACAGCAGAACUCAAGUGAGAACGAUGUGGAGGUGAUCUCUAGUGGAACGGCAGAUAGCACAGAGCUCUAUAUGAAGGGCUCCACGCCCCCGGACCUCACCCCGGACAUUAGCCCUACCACCAGCCGGCCCUCCACACCUCCCCGAAGCCCGAACACCAAAUCUUCCCACCGCACCAAAAACGCUCGCUUUCUGCGACAGACCGCGGUAGACGAGGAACGUGGAGGAACUCAAGAGAUCCAGGUGCUGAUGGAGGGUAGAGGUGGCGGGGGUUCAGGCGGAGAUUACCACAGAACGAACAGUUUGAGCGAGGACAAGCGCACUUCUCGUGGGGGCAGCAGUAGAGGGGGUAGUCGGGGUAGUAGCCGCUCCACAACCCCCUCGGUGCAAGACGAGGUACGGGCUCGGACCAACGGUCACAAGCACUCCUCCUCCAAUCACAAGCUCAGAGACCACAGCUCCUCCAAUCACAAAGUCACACGGGACAGGAGAGCAGACGGACCCUCGGCUUCUUGGACCUCACAGCGGGUACACGGGGACAGUUUGGCCCAUCCCCGGCUCCUAGAACAGGACGAGGAGAAACUGAGCAAUUACGAAAUGGAGAUGAGGCCGUUACAGCCCAUGGACUCCCAUAAUUCCCAGAAGCCCUAUGGGCAUGGGGAGGAAUGGCACAGUCACCCAGAGACUCGUGCACAUACGUUACAGCGACGGGGUAAAAAUCGAGACUGGGAGCGGGACACUUCAGCACCCAAGGAAGAACCGGUACCGGACUCGCUUCAAAAGUUGGACAGUCUACGUGUGGGGGAAAAGCUUGAGGCUCGCCCCCUCCGUAGGGACCUCACACUCUCACCCCCACAAAAGUCCCCACCAAUUGCACUAGAGCACGAGGAUGAGAAUCAGUCUCAGCUCAAAGUGAACUCGGGAUCCAACUCAAUUCUGGUAGUCAUGGUGAUUUUGCUCAACAUUGGAGUCGCCAUUUUGUUUGUCCAUUUUUUUAUUUAAACUUUGCAUUGCCCUUGUUAAGCUAAGUUACCAUCGCAUCAAUACGACUGAUCUGGUCCUGACCUGAUUUUUUUUAAACAACCAACUACUUCUAUUGAAGUAACAGCACGUCAACAUGAGAACUGAGAAAAGCGACAUACAAAACCCCGCUCGGCGGAUACAUCUGCUUUUCUGUCUCCGAAGAGCUCUUGUUUUCAUUUCUUAAUUUGUUCUCUUUUUUAUUUCAAUAAUAGAUAAAAAACACCUUUUCCAACUUCUAGUUUUAACCAAUGUAUUCACUCAUCCAUGACCGCUGUUCAGAAUGAAUAUACUUGUUUGAUUCUCUUUCAUUUAUUUCAUAUAUAUAUAUAUAUAUAUAUUGCCUUUUUCAAUGCUGGUGACUUCUUUUUCGAUUUCGUUUAAGUUUGGUUUGUAUUUGGGUGUUGGACUCAUAUGAUUGGUGGCUUUAGGGUGAAGGGCGGGGUUUACACCGUCAGCGUCGUCUGCAGUGUUACAUGGCUAUAAUGUCAACAGGUCUCAAAGUGAUGGGAAACGGCUCCUGUCUAAACCCACCUGCCUCCCUCGCGCACCACUCCCAAACAUUGCAUCGGUUUCUCCAUGCUUUCAUUUCUAUUACUCAUCAUUUCCUUUUCAUCCUGUUGGGUACGCCAAAUACCCCCAGAAUGUCAUGGUGGGCUGAAGAAGCUUCUGCUUAAUGUCAAUUAUCAAACUAUUUUAAAAUAUCUCUAUAAUAGACCUAAAACUGAAGCUAGCAACUGUGGAUCUCGCAAAUUCACCUGCGAAAGAGUCGCAAAUGUCAAAAAGCAAUUUGGCCAACACUGCUAAAAAGCACAACAAAGUAGGUUAGUAAAAAUAAAAAGCACUGCUAACAUCUGAGCAUCUGCAAAAUUUGCACUCUGGUGGAUGCGACCCACAUGCAUUUGGAAAAACUCCAAGAUUUCUAUGAUCUGAAAGGGCUUCAUCAAUAACUCAACCGGUCCUGCAUGUAUACCAUCUACAUCAUCAGGACAGCAUGAGUCUAAUCUCCUAAGUUUGGAUGUCAGCCAGUACGUGACAUUCUGCCAUCACCAUUCCAAACCAAGACCGACCCUCAACUUUAUUUGACGACAUCACGUGAACACGAGAGCUCCUGUCGACGUCACCAUGCACACCUGAAAGCCACAUGCUGCGUGCUGAUGCUGGCAUUCCCGACCAGACGUUCAGAGACUGUUAACGUUUUUCCCAACUUUGCUGCUUUCGAAACAAAUAUUUAUUGAUAAAAGUAAAAAAAGGAACUUUUUUAGCUAUUUGCAAGACGUCUGAAAAAUGCCGACUGCCUUGUUUUUCUAAAACUAAAAGAUAAAAAAAUAGUUGCAUGCUAACGUAAGUUUUAGUUUUGUAUAGAUAACCUUAUCAAAAAAUGGAUUUCAUUUAGACCCAAAAUGAAUACGUUUUAUCGUAUUGGGUAAUUCCAUUAUUCUCGAAUGAGUGUGUUUACAGUGCAUAUUUUAAAUCAUUGGGCUUUUCUCUGGGUUUGACAUCAAAACGCAGAAAAACAUGGCUAAUCUGAAAUAGUCACCAGAAGCGAGGUAAAGGUAUUUAUAUCAAAUUUUGCAUGUUGAUCUGGUUUCGAAUUUGACAAACGGGUUAAAUGCGAAAUCAGUAACAGAAACACACACACACGUUCCAAAAUCUGAAACUAGACAAAACUAAAACAAAAGAAAUGUGGUUUUGUUUAUUUUUUUAUAACCAGCUAAGAGAACGCAAGACUCUGAGAUGUUUUUAUAGCAUGUGUGUAUGGGCUUGUACUCUCUCUCUCUCCCCGAGUCUGUCCCUCCUGGCAGCGAUUCAUUCACAAUUCGUGUGCUCUCUCUCUCUCUAUCCCUCUCGCUUGCCCACCGCCCUCCCCUCCCUAUUUUUCUCAGUUUCUCUAUCCAGCCAAAUAAUGAAAAAAAAUAAGACCAAAAACAAAGAAAUGUGCAAAUUGAGCCAAAUGUAUGGAGUCGUAUAUUUGCUCACCUCCACUUGAGUUUCUUGGUUGGUCCGAAAGGUUACUAGCUGAUCACAUGACUCGGCGACACCACGGCAGCGGCUGUUUGUGACAGAGAGGCUGGGAUUCAGCAGGAAAGUUCUGCAGUCGACCCACGCCGCCAGCUCUUGUACCAUUUGACCUGGAUGUAUUGUCACCCCAUGCGCCUAUAGCAUGCCCAAGCAUGCCAGUUCUUUGAUUUCCUUCUCUCUCUUCUUCUAUCAUUCAGUUGGUUACUUCUCCUGGGGCUCUAAUUCUUUUAUUUUUUUUUUGAGAUAU